CUGCCUCUUUUCUUUGUUAUUUUUAUUCCCUUUUCCGCCCCUCCACUCUCCAAUUUACCCUCAACUCUCUGUCUCUCUCUCCCUCUCCAAGAAUCCAUCUCUCUUUCUCUCUCUCUCUCUCUCUCUCUCUCUCGUGUUGUGCUCUGCUGUUGAUGAUUCCCGCGUCGUUCGCAUCCCACUGAGGGGGGAACCCUAAUCUCGCCAAAUCGCCCGCUUUUACCGCUCAGAACCCCUCGGGUGAGCGAUUGGAUCCCUUGCACUAUCCCCCAACCAGUUCCAUCUAGGUUUCUCUUCGCUCGACAAGAAAUUGGAGGAAGACGUGCGGUCGGGAUUUAUGUCCGUCAAUCAAUCCAGGGUCGAGAGGACCGAGGGCCAGCAGAGGAAAUCUGGUCGAUCGGGCAGCUCCGGCCAGCAAAGGGGAUUCGUUGACGGUGGCAGGAAGGGCGGCGUCUCCGCCCCUCCUACUAUCUCUUCUUCCACAUCCCAUGCUGUUCCUCCUCCCUCGCAUAUCACCCCGCCAUUGUCAGCGAACCGGAGCUUAAAGAAAUCUGGUAAUGGGCAAGGCAGUCAAGCUAGGGUAAAUCUGGCAAAUGCGAGCUCUGAAGCGAGUGGUGCUGCUCCCACAACCACUGUCCAUCGAGCUGUUCAGAAUGGUGCUCAGCCCUGGGCGCCUUCUCCCGAUGGACCAGGCCCAGGUGUGGCAAAGCCAGUUGUUGUGCCGAUCCCUAGAAAUACAUCCCGAGCUAUCCCUAAGGCGCCGUCUUCUCAAUCUGCUGCUGGAGCCUCGAAUCCUGCAGCACCGUCGGCACCGGCUAAAGGGGACAUGUCCAGGGAUAUUAUACUUCAGUUUGGCUCAAUAAAUGCUGGCAUGAUGAAUGGAUUGCAGAUUCCUGCCCGGACCAGCUCAGCUCCGCCGAAUCUCGACGAGCAGAAACGUGAGCAGGCUCAUUCCGAGUCAUUCGGGGCUGUUCCUACAUCGUCUGUACCUUCUGCUCAAAAACAGCAGCAUCAUCAACAAACCAUGAAGGAUGUUGGUGGUGCUCGUCAAUCUGGUGGUGGGGAGUCCCAUUCUAUAUCUCAGGUAAAGAGGGAUGCUAGUGCCUCAGUACCAUCUGCUCCAAUUGUACCAGCACCGAAAGCUUCUGCUCUUCCAAUUUCUGGUAUGCCUGUUCCUAUGCCUAUGCCAUUUCAGCCUCAGCCACCACAAGUUCCUCCUCAAUACGGUGGCCCCAGCCCGCAGUUGCAAUCACCAGGUCUGGCAGCCAAUUCACUGCAAAUGUCAAUGACGUUACCUGUGGGGAAUACCUCCCAAGUUGCACAGCAGAUUUAUGUUCCUAGCAUCCAACCUCAUUUUGUGCAACAACAGACGAUGAUGCACCAGGGACAAGGUUUAGCGUUUGCCCCUCCAAUUGGUCAUCAAUUGCCCCCACAGUUACGCAGCCUAGGAAUUGGAAUUGCUCCACAAUUCCCUCAACAACAGCCUGGUAAUUUUGGUGGCCAACGGAAGACCACAGUGAAAAUAACUCAUCCAGAGACUCAUGAAGAAUUGAGGCUUGAGAAAAGAAUUGAUUCUUUCAAGGAUGGUGUGGCCUCUGGGCAGAGGCCACUUCCUAACGUAAUUCCUCAAGCUCAUUCCCUUCCAACAUAUACUGCCUCUCAUCAGACAAAGUACUUCUCCCCUAUGCAGCAGAAUUCUUAUAGCCAUUCUCAGCUUAUGUUUCCUGCUACUGUCCCUGCGGCAAGUGGGCAGGCGCCUGCAAUUUCACAGGCUCCAAUAUAUGGUACUUAUCCUGUCAGUCAAAGCGGGCAACACUUGAACUUCAUGAACUCAUCCAUGAUCAACGCCGUUUCUGGUGGCAAACCUGCACCUUCACCUCUCCGUCACAUUUCUGAAGGCGAUAAGCUGGAAGGGUUACCAGCUUCUGCUUCUUUGCCCUCUGCAGUCAAGGUUACCAUGAAGCCAUCUAUUAGUUCACAAGCUGAGAGAGUUGGGGCAUCUUUGUCGACGCCUCCUGUGGUAAUUAGUGUGCCUGUUAGCAAGCCAGAAGCACCUGAAGUAAAAAAGACUGCUGUGGCUGAUACUGUUCCCAAUCAAAGACACAGAGAGACCACUCCAGAUAAACCUUCUCAGCAGCUUAAAUCAGGUUCUGGAUCCUUACAUAAUGUAUCAUUGCCUUCCACAGGCACUACUUCUGUUGCUGCUCCUGUUCUCUCAACGCAAAUUGUGCUCACUGAGGCUUCAUCGGCUCCCAAAACACCAGAUGGGGAUUCUGCAACAGUUCUGGCUGGAAUUGAUGGCAAGAAAGGAGAACCUGUUCAAAUAUCUGAUUCUUUGAAGGAUAACCAGAGGAAGACAAGUAAAAAGGAUGCCAGGAACUCCCAUCAACAGUGUCAGUUGGAUGCAUCAUCUCCUGAAGGAGCAGAAUCAUCUCCCUCAAAAGAUACCAAGGUUAGCUUUGUGGCAACUCAGGACGGAUCCACUAAAACUGAGAGUAUGCGGAUUUUUUCAACAUUUGAAUUGCCCACUUCUCCAACAAGGACUUCUCCUCAAGCUGAAAAUAGGAUUCUUCCAGAAGUAGGAGCAAAUGAGACAUUUGAAGGUAAGGCAAUGCCUGCUGCAUCGGGCACAUCUGGAGCAAUAUGGGAGAAUGAAUCAUCUCAAGAUUGUUCACAAGGUUCUGUUGAUUCAUCUGGUGCAGCACCUGAUUAUGUUUCUAUAAAAGAAAAUUUUCCUUCUGAGGCUCCUACCUUGGCCCCUAUGGUGGUCGGAACUAAUUUCAAAACUUUCGUUGCUAACUCCAGUGUGGUGAACACAGUUUUGAAGGAACAUGGGAAAUCUGAAGUAACAAAUGAUUCAUUGCGAGAUCCUAAUAGUGCUGAAUUGCAGUCAUCUUCUUUCACUUCCAAGUCUUCUCAACUCGCAGACGAAUCUAUGCUUUUAAAACAAGAUGAUGGAGUUGGAUAUUAUGAGAAAGUGAAAUCUAGUGGGAGUGAUGAAGUGGACAACAAGGUUCUUAGAGGCUCCAAUGAUGAUGUUGUUUGUAAAAUGCAGGAAAAUAGGAUACAAGACAAACAAAAUAACUCAACUGAUUCUGAAAAUGCAGUUGGGAAUGAUCUUUCAUCCACCCAUGAUGUCAAAGAUAAAUUUGACACCCUUUCGAUCAAACAUGAAACAAGAGACAGAGAGGAUGUCGGUUUGACUGAUUUUGGUGUGGCGUCCUCUUUUCCCAAACCAUCACUUUCUCAGGCGGAAGAGAAGCCAGAAUUGGAUGUUUUCGAUUUGCCUAGUGAUGGAUUGGUUUCUGCAACAAGCUUGGGGCAGAACGAGAAGCUUUUGUCAGAAACCUCAAAACCUAAGAUUACUGCUGGAAGAAAGAAGAAGAGAAAGGAAUUUCUUUCUAAAGCAGAUGCUGCAGGGACUUCUGAUCUUUAUAAUGCAUAUAAGGGCCCAGAGGAAAAGCUUGAGGUUGUUAGUAAUUUAGAAAGUGCAAACAGUUCAACAUCUGACACAAAGAUUGUACGUGUCGAUUAUCCUGGUAAAGAUGUUGCCGCAAGCGAGCAAAAUGGGCAGAAUAAAGCUGAGUUGGAUGAUUGGGAAGAUGCCGCUGAUCUAUCAACUCCAAGAUUGAAAACAUCAGAACAUGGGCAGCUUACUGGAGGAGCAAGGAAACAACAUCAAGGUGAUAAUAUUGAAUCUACUGGUAGAAAGAAAUACUCGAGGGAUUUCCUAAUGACCCUAGCACAUCAGUUUACUGAGCUUCCUGGGGGUUUUGAGUUUGGUUCUGAUGUAACGGAUGUAUCGAUGAACAUUCUAGUAGGAAAAUCACCAGUUUCAAGUCCUGGGAGGAUCAUAGAUCGGCCAUCAGGUGCUUCUCGGGUAGACCGUCGAACAGUUGGCACUAUGGAUGAUGAAAAAUGGAUCAAAUCACCUGGGUCUUUUGGCCCUGGCCCGGGGCAUGGAGUUUCAAUUGUAAGCCUUCGUCCUGGGCAAGGUGUCAGUCAUGGGGUUUUAAGAAAUUCUCGUGGGCAGGGAGGAAUUCUAUCAGGGCCAACACAAUCCAUGGCAUCUCAGGGAGGCAUGCCACGUGGUAAUCCUGAUGCAGACAAGUGGCAGCGUGCAAGAGGCUUAAUGCCCUCUCCUCAAGCACCGUUACAGGCAAUGCACAAAGCUGAGAGAAAGUAUGAGGUGGGCAAAGUUUCUGAUGUGGAAGAGACAAAACAAAGACGACUAAAAGCCAUCCUUAACAAAUUAACACCUCAAAACUUUGACAGACUCUUUGCCCAGGUUGAGGAGGUUGAGAUUGACAAUGCAGUCACUCUUACUGGCGUCAUUUCGCAGAUCUUUGACAAAGCUUUGUUGGAACCAACCUUCUGUGAAAUGUAUGCCAAUUUCUGUUUACAUCUUUCUGCUGCACUGCCACCUUUAAGUGAAAACAAUGAAAUGAUUACUUUUAAAAGACUACUACUGAACAAAUGUCAAGAGGAAUUUGAAAGAGGGGAGAGAGAACAAGCUGAAGCUAAUAAAGUUGAAGCGGAAGGUGAGAUCAAACAGUCCAAAGAGGAGAAGGAAGAGAAAAGGCUCCGGGCACGCAGGCGCAUGUUAGGUAAUAUUCGGUUGAUUGGGGAAUUAUACAAAAAAAAGAUGUUAACGGAGAGAAUUAUGCAUGAAUGUAUUAAGAAGUUGCUGGGACAACAUCAGAAUCCUGAUGAGGAAGAUGUUGAAGCAUUGUGCAAACUGAUUAGUACAAUCGGGGAGAUGAUAGACCAUCCUAAGGCAAAGGACCAUAUGGAUGCAUAUUUUGACAUGAUGAUGAAGUUAUCAAAAAAUCAGAAUCUAUCUUCUCGUGUUAGAUUCAUGUUGAGAGAUGCAAUUGAUCUAAGAAAGAAUAACUGGCAACAAAGAAGGAAAGUUGAGGGGCCAAAGAAGAUAGAGGAGGUUCACAGGGAUGCUGCUCAAGAAAGGCAAGCUCAGUCAGGUAGACUGGCUCGUGGUCCUGUCAUUACUAAUGUCCCAAGACGGGUUCAAGCAGUUGAUUAUGGUUCCCGUGGAUCCACACUUUUAAGUUCUCCAAGUUCCCAGCAGGUUCGUGGAUUGCCAUCUCAGGUUCGUGGCCACGGUGCCCAAGAUGUGCGGUUGGAGGAUAGACAUCAGUAUGAAACAAGGACAAUGUCACUUCCCCUACCGCAAAGGUCUACUGAUGAUGAUUCUAUUACCCUUGGUCCUCAAGGUGGCUUGGCCAGGGGAAUGUCUAUCAGAGGACACCCGUCGGUACCUAAUGUAGGAGCUGCUGAGAUUUCACCGGUUGUUGGGGAACAUCAUAGGAUGAACUCGGGUCCUAAUGGUGCUAACCAUAUGAUAGAUAGGUUCUCUGGAGCAACAUAUGAGCAACUAAGCCCUCAAAAUUGUAGUAAUAACUCUGGCAGCAGAGACUUGAAGGUUUUAGAUCGGACUUCUGAGAGAUCUGCUACGUCCAUUGUACCAGCUGGAAGAACCCACGGCACUCCAGGUAGCAGCCUAGUUACAGUUUCUGAAACAAAAACAUUCCCGGAAGAAGUUUUACGGGAAAAAUCAAUUUCAACAAUCAAAGAGUUCUACAGUGCCAAGGAUGAGAAUGAGGUUGCAUUGUGUGUCAAGGAAUUAAAUGCUUCGAGUUUUUAUCCUUCCAUGAUAUCGCUAUGGGUCACGGACUCCUUUGAGAGAAAAGAUACGGAAAGGGAUCUUCUGACAAAGCUUAUCAUCAACCUUUGCAAUUCAAGAGAAAGAUUGAUCAGCCGAGUACAGCUACUCCAGGGGUUUGAGUCUGUGCUGGCUUCGCUGGAGGAUGCUGUGAAUGACGCUCCAAGAGCAGCAGAGUUUCUGGGUCGCCUAUUUGCCAAAAUUGUUAUGGAAAAUGUGGUGCCUCUGGGAGAGAUAGCAAGAUUGAUACAGGAAGGAGGGGAAGAACCGGGCCGCCUGAGAGAGAUAGGACUAGCGGCAGAUGUGCUGGGGAACAUCCUCCACACCAUCGGCCUCCAAAGAGGAGACUCCCUUCUCAAUGACAUACGGUUAGAGGAUUUCCGCCCUAUGCUUCCCACUAAAUCCAACAAGUUGGACGCGUUUCUUCAGGGCUAACAACAGAUGCUCCGUGCAGGAGUGACAUUUUCCGUGUUUAGGUUCUCGGUCAUAUUCCCAUCCAGAAACAUGUUCAUGCUGGGUUCCCUCUCAUAGUUUAUAUAUUUGGUUGUUCUCUCU